CCUGUUCUGCUUUGUGCCAUCUGAAGAUCAUCAUCAUCAUCAUAUCCAACUAGUCCUUCCUUCCACAUCUGCCUCCCGACACUCACUCUCACAACGACCAAUAUGAAGACCUUCUCCACUCUCCUACUCAUCGGCUCCGCCGCGGCCCUCAACACCAAGCGCGACGCAGAACCACUCCUGCGCUUGAACCUGCCACUCGUCGGCGAUCUCUCGAGCACCCUCAAGUCCCUCCCUGUUGUCGACUCUCUUCUCGACAAGCGCGACGCAGAACCACUCCUGCGCUUGAACCUCCCACUCGUCGGCGAUCUCUCGAGCACCCUCAAGUCCCUCCCUGUUGUCGACUCUCUUCUCGACAAGCGCGACGCACUUGACCUGACCACUAUCCCAGUCAUCUCUCUUGGAGACUUGCUCACCCUGAGAGUUGGAAAGGAGAAGCGAGAUGCACUGCUGAAGGAACUGCCCCUUGUUGGGGACCUUUUGGAGGUGGACAUCCCAAUUGUUGGGGACCUCGUUGAAAAGCUUCCUGUCGUUGGAGAUCUGGCGAAACGCGACGCACUGUUGAAGGGAUUGCCCAUUGUUGGAGAUAUUAUUGAGGAUCUUCCUUUUGUUGGAGAACUUGUCGAGGAAAAACUCACGAAUGUUGGAAAAAUUGUUGAAGACCUGCCGGUUGUCGGAGACAUUGUUGAAGACAUUCCUGUUGUCUCGGAUAUUGUCAAGAAACUUCCUGAUGUUGGCAAAGCACUGACGACGCGUGAGAGCAAGAUGGCGAGGUCGUUCAGGGCUUAG